GCUGGCACUGCUUGACUGUAAACAAAAUAGUACUGUUUGGCUGUUUGUACUGACCUUGAUGUUAUUUCGAAAGAUCAUCUAGAGAAAAUUGAAUGGUUGAGCUAUAUAGUUCACCCUUAAGGAAAAACAACAAGAAUCAGUGAUGCAAUAAAGAGAGUGAGGAGUGCAGAGGAACAUACCUGGCAGCUUUAGAGGGGGCAUUGUGGCACAACGAGGGAAGAUAGCCUACUGUCAGCUACAGUGUCUCGUCCUACAGAAACCUCUCGCAAGUCUUCUGGAGGCUUUGUAAUACCACACUCCGACAAAUAUCUUUAGUUGUGCUGUCCUUCAAGUCACUGCACUGCCUUAACAUGCCACGCCAAUGUUUUAGUACAGAGAAUAAACUCCUGGAUGAAGUUGUGCAGUCUGUCUGUGAACAUAUUGAAUGCCAAAUUUGUUGCUGAUGAAGCUGAGCAGAAGUGCAGUGAACAAAUUUUGCAUGAAAUUCUUGAUAUAUUUCCACACAAUAUCUUCAAAAUGCCCCUAAGAAAGCAAGCAGAGGCUCUGGAGCAUAUGUGUUUUGUGAAGGUGGCUCAGACAAUUCAUUCUUUAGCUGUUCAAUUAGAAGAAGACCCAGAAUGUUGCAAAAUGUCAAAAGAAGAACUCUCUAAUAUGGUAUCAGCCCUGCCAGCAGUGAUUAAUGAAAACAUGAUUGUUAAAGUCAUUGAAACCAUCCACAAAACCUUCAGCAGAACACGACGGACAGUUGGCAUGAAGACCUGCCUGGAGGUGUUGCUGCAGAAACACGUGCAGAGGCUGGAACUCAAUGGACUCUUCUUUAAAAUGAGACUUCAGGGCACAAUAAACAGUACCAUUAGAAACAUUGUGUGUGCACGAGUGGCCACCAUGAGGAACCUGAUGACCCUUAAUAUGGUCAGUAAGUGCAGCGAUGAGAUCCUUUGUGUCUUGAGUGAAAAGUGUCCAGAAGUGAGUGACGUCAAUGUAUCAAUAUCAGACCUUGUCACAGAUGCGGGAAUCAAGGCUCUUGCAAAGGGUUGUCUAAAACUGGAAAAUUUGGGUAUAUAUAAAUGCUGGAACAUUACAACAGAAGGAAUUGCUUAUGUACUGAAACACAGCAAAAACUUGAAGAAGCUGAAGUGUGAUCAGCUGGGAGCAGUCUUGAUUAAUGAGUUCAGUACUAGCAAGAGCACUUUUAAACUUACUCACUUUGAACAAACUCAGACUUUGUUUGAGCCCACAGCUGAAGAUGUAAGAUGGGUAGGGAGUGCCUGCCCCAGCCUUGAGUCUGUCAGCUUGUUUGUGGACGACAAGAACCUGUCUCUGGUGCCUCUCCUUGGGCAAAUCAGAGUUCUUGAAAUAGAAACUGGGGUGAUGCUUGGCGAUGGCUUCAUUGAGGCCAUAAAGUACUUGGGCAAAUCCCUCCAAACUCUACAGCUGAGUUGUAACCAAGUGCAGCAAGAGUUCAUAGUGGUGCUGGGAGAGUGUUGCCCAAGUCUUACAACUCUCCACCUAUCCACUGCAGCCCUGGAGGGGGAUGAAUUACUUGCAAACCCUGGCCAGUUAUUUUCUGGUCUGACUGUUCUCCAUCUCCAAGUUUGGAAGGAAUCUGUCUUGAGCAAUAAAUGGGUCGACUUCUUCCUUUUGUGGUGCCGCAAAUUGGAGUCUGUGUUGCUUAAGGCAGAAGUGGGAUUCCUCACAGACCAAUAUUUGGGUACUUUGCUUGCAGUCAACCCUCUCACUGAAGCCAAGUACAUUGUCAUUGCAUCAGAUGAGUUUGUACCACUUACCUUGGAAAGUGUGCACAAAUUGAUGUCCUCAUGUCCGGCUCUUGAAAAUUUAGGUCUGUCAUCCUGGAACAUCACUGAGGAAGAAUUUUUCCAGAUCAGAGAUGACAUCAAGACCAACAACUAUAACUUAAACAUAUCCUAAAAUACUAUUGUGUGUCAUAUGAUCACAAAGGUGGUGAUGGUGGCAGCGGGGGUAAUAAAAACUACAGUAUAUUAUAAUAAAAAAAAAAAGUAAAUGACAAAGAAAUAAUGAUUCAGGCCUGCUCCUUUCAGAUAUCAUCCCAUCUUAACUUGAUUGCCCUCAUAACAAUGAUGAUAAAUACAAAAUCUUCACAAUUCAACAUUUCCUACAUAAGUACAGUAUAUACAUGGAAAUGACAGUAUUCUUAGACAUUUCCUUGUUAUAUCUUCUACACUUUCUUCCAUUUCUUUGUAAUGGGAGGGUCUAUAUGCAUGCCUUUUGUCUGUGAAGAGAUACGCUACCUCUCCUCUCUACAUGACAGACUAUAUAGUAUUCUAACAGUCUUGCCGAAAUAUGCAACAUACCUGGUUAACUGACGAAUAUCAACAUGAAUUUAGCUCAGGUUACCAUAAUUAAAAAACACACUCAUAAAUAGGUAAACAAAAUGUAUUGAUCACAGUCCACUUGGUACUCACUGCCAAUAUACCAAGGAAUAUAUAAAAGAGAGCAUGGCUGUCAGAUUUCCUUAACUAUUUUGUUUGUGCUCCACCGUGCGUCACUCCUUGGGUUCACUCUUGUGGUUCAGCUGUUCAGAUAAGUGACUCGGUUUCUCAGAUUUUUUUUUUUUUUUAUGUAGGAAGGAAACUGGCCAAGGGCAACAAAAAUCCAAUAAAAAAAUAUGCCCACUGAAAUGCCAGUCCCAUAAAAUGGUCAAAGCAAUGGUCAAAAAUUGAUGAAUAAGUGUCUUGAAACCUCCCUCUUGAAGGAAUUCAAGUCAUAGGAAGGUGGAAAUACAGAAGCAGGCAGGGAGUUCCAGAGUUUACCAGGGAAAGGGAUGAAUGAUUGAGAAUACUGGUUAACUCUUGCAUUAGAGAGGUGGACAGAAUAGGGGUGAGAGAAAGAAGAAAGUCUUGUGCAGCGAAGCCGUGGGAGCAGGGGAGGCAUGCAGUUAGCAUGAAAAUAGCGGUGGAAGACAGCUAGAUAUGCAACAUUGCGGCGGUGAGAAAGAGGCUGAAGACAGUCAGUUAGAGGAGAGGAGUUGAUGAGAUGAAAAGCCUUUGAUUCCACCCUGUCUACAAGAGCAGUAUGAAUGGAACCCACCCCCCUAGACAUGUGAAGCAUACUCCAUACAUGGACGGAUAAGGCCCUUGUACAGAGUUAGUAGCUGGUGGGGUGAGAAAAACUGGCGAAGACGUCUCAGAACACCUAACUUCAUAGAAGCUGUUUUAGCUAGAGAUGAGAUGUGAAGUUUCCAGUUCAGAUUAUAAGUAAAGGACAGACCGAGGUGUUCAGUGUAGAAGAGGGGGACAAUUGAGUGUCAUUGAAGAAGAGGGGAUAGUUGUGUGGAAGGUUGUGUCGAGUUGAUAGAUGGAGGAAUUGAGUUUUUGAGGCAUUGAACAAUACCAAGUUUGCUCUGCCCCAAUCAGAAAUUUUAGAAAGAUCAGAAGUCAAGCGUUCUGUGGCUUCCCUGCGUGAAAUGGCUAGGUAGCAGGUUCAGUCCGGUUUACUUCAACUGGUUUCUGAAAUGGGUGUCAAAUUGGUCGGUAAUACCAAAUAUUUAUAUGUAUCUUGAUCAGUAACAUUACACUGUACUAAGAGAGAGAGAGAGAAAGAGAGAGAGAGAGAGAGAAUCAAAACUCGGAGCAUUCCGGAAUCCAAUCACUCAAGCUGAAAAGAAUUCACCAAUACAUAUCUUACUUCACAGGGUGCCUUGCGGUACAUUACAAAAUACAGAUAUAUUGUAGCUGAACUGUAUCGUUCAUUAUUCUAUUAUUCGAAGUUAUUCAAGCCUUCAAGACUCCGUCAAAUUCAAGAUCUACGAUAAGAUUUAAUUAAUCACUUCAUAAAUUAUAUUUGUUUCAUUAUUUACCCUGCGUCGCAAGCUUCCGAGGCUUCCAGGAGAUAUGCAACUGCGCGAAAGGAAUGCGUCAAAAAACGCCUUUCGAAGAAAAAAUGUUUCCAAGACGCUUGCAAAGAAGACGCCUUAUCCUCUGACUAAUGAUAGAAUAAAUUUUCAGUGUCUAUUCAAUGGUAUUAACAACUUUAUCUUCUUUUGAAUUAUUUCUUGAUGGUGCUCAGAGCAGGGAAGACUCCAUAACAAUGCUACGCCCCUCCAGGUAAUUCCAAUACGUGGAAAGAAAACUUCCGCACCUCCACUAUAUUUAAAAGGUUCUUGUUGAAGGAACAUGGCUUUUUACAGUUUUUUUUAUGAUUCUAGCGACAUAUUAACUCUACUUUUUAUAUUAUUAACAGGAGAAACAUUCUUGAGAAACCGCCUAAUUAUCUCUGUGGUCUUUGAGAAUAGUCGUGCUGAAGAGCAAAGCGAGUACAGGGCAAGCCCACAGACGUGAUAAAGAUCAAGAUCCCCAAAACCAGGAAGGAGGCGUAGCCCUACUCUACAAGAAAGAAAGAAGACUGAAAGUAGAGGAGAUUGAUGUGGGGGAGUGUACAAGUAGUGAGGACGUGCUUGCAGUCAGAGUGGAAUGCAUGGAUGGUCGUGGCAGACCAGAGAAGGUGGUAGCGUACAUGACUGUCAUGGGUGAAAGAGCAGAGAGGGAAAAUAGGAGGAAGUAUGACAUACUUAAGAAAGUUGUGAGAGAGCAUGGAGAGGAGAGAGUGCUAGUUAUUGGGUGACAUGAAUGCACAUGUGGGAAUACUGGGGGAACAGGUGAACAGGAAUGGUGAAAUGCUUGGAGAGUUUGUUGAUGAACUGGAGCUGGAAAAUCUGAAUGUUACUUUGGCUGAGGGGCGUGUGACUCAGAGUGCAAGAGAGCAGGAAUCGGCAAUUGACUACGUGUUGGUGAAUGGAAGAAUGCGUGAUAUUGUGUCGCACAUGUGGAUAGAAGAGGAUGGUUUGGUUGAUAUUGUGUCUGAUCACAACAUGCUGGUUGUGGAGUGCUUGAUGCAGGGUGGGAAUGAAGUGAAAGUGGCAAGUAAGAAAAAGAAGUGGAGACUGAGAGAUGUAGGGUGGGAGAACUUUCAGGUUGAUCUGAGUGAGAGAAGCUGGGACGAUGAAAGUGUGCAUGACAUGGAGCAUCUGAAUGAGAAACUGGUUGAGGACAUGAGGGGUGCUGCUGGGAACCAGAUAGGGUUUGUGAGAGUAGGUAGAAGAAAGAAUGUAUGUAAACCAUGGUGGAAUGAUGAAAUCAGAGCGGCUAGGAAGGAGCGAAAGAGAAUGAGUAGACAGUGUAGAUGGCUGAGGAAAAAGAGGCAUGAAAGCGAUGAGGCAGAGAAUGAGUAUCAGAAUGCAUGGGCAGCGUAUGUGAAGCAGCAGUGGUUGACAAGACGAAUGAUAAUGAAUGCUAAAGUGAAGAGUGAAAGGAGUGUGAUUCAAUCUUUAAGGGAGAAAGGUAUGGAAGGUGGCCGUGAAUGGUACAAGUUCAUGAGAGGUGAGAAUAUGUCAGGCAGUGUUGGUGUGGAGAGUCUAAAAGUGGAGGGUGUAGUUAUAACAGAGAAGGAUGGAAUCAGGGAGGCAAUCAAAGGGUUCUGGGAAGAAGUAGGUGGGGUAGGUGAGAUGUUUAGUGUGAGAGAAGGAUGUGUAACACUGGAAAGGAAGAAUGCAGAUGAACUGGAUGAAAGAAUCAGUAGGGAUGAAGUGGAGAGGUGUGUGAGAAGGCAGAAGAAUGGCAAGGCAGCAGGUCCAGAUGAUAUAUCCUAUGAGUUCUACAAGAAUGGUGGGGAGGUAGUGAUAGACAGAAUGAUUGAGUUAUUCAACCGAGUGUGGGAUGAAGAGAGAGUGCCAAGAAAGUGGAAUGAGAGCCAAGUGUGUCUGUUGCAUAAGGGGGGAUUUAAGAGUAAGAAUGAGCUGAAGAACUAGAGGCCAAUUGCACUAGUGAAUACAAUAGGUAAAGUUUUCAGUGCAGUGUUGAAUGAGAGACUGUGUAAAUGGAUUGAGAGAGCUGGAGUGCUGGGUGAAGAACAGAAUGGUUUUCAUAGGGAUAGGAGAGCUGAGGACAAUAUGUUUGUGGUGAAUGAAAUGAUUGAGAAGAAAAAGAAGGAUGGGGGUAAAUUGUACCUAGGUUUUUUGGAUAUAGAGAAAGCUUAUGAUAGAGUGAACAGAGAAAUGCUAGGUAGAGUCUUAGAAAAGAUUGGAUUGAGUGUAAAGAUAGUUAACAUAGUGCAAAGUAUGUAUGUGGACACAAGAGCUAGAUACAGACUAGGAGACAUAGAAACAGACUGGGUGAAGAGUGAGAGAGGAGUUAGGCAGGGCUGUAUAUUGUCACCAACCCUUUUUAGCCUGUAUACAGAGGAGCUAGCAGCCAGGAUGAGAAGAAUGAAUGUAGGGGUAAGUGUGGGGAAUGAUAAAGUAUGUGUGCUCCUUUAUGCAGAUGACGUAGUUGUUAUGAGUGAAUCGGCAGAUGAGCUUCAAAGUUUGUUGGAUGUAGUGGAUAGCUAUGGUAAAGACUUUGGAGUAAGGUUUAGCAGUGAGAAAAGCAAAGUAAUGAUUGUGAAUAGGUCAGAGGAUGAAAGUAAUGUGGUAUGGAGACUUGGAGAGAAUGCAUUGAGACAGGUGCAAGAAUACAAGUACUUAGGGAUGUGGAUGAGUCCUAGUGGGUGUGCAAAGGCAAAGUAUGAAAAGAUAAGUAUGGUAAACCAGUGGAUAGGUCGAUUGGGAAGCGGGGCAAGGAUGAGAGCAAGUAAGUAUCAUGUGUUGAGAGAAGUGUGGAAGAGUGUGGCUGUGCCAUGUAUAAUGUAUGGUAUGGAUGUGAUUGCAUGGAAUGAAAGUGAAAUUGAUAAGUUAGAAGUGGGCCAGAAUAGAGUAGCAAGGAUGGCACUGAGUGCAUCGAGGUGCACAGCAGUUGAAGCCUUGAGAGGUGACAUGGGAUGGAGCACCUUCAGAGAAAGACUCACAAAAGCCACACUUAGGUACAAUAUUAGGCUUGAGAGAAUGGAUGAUGCAAGAAUAGCAAGAAAGGUGUACCUGUGGUAUGAAAAGUGGAAGCAAAUGGAGGAAGAGAUGCAUGAGAAUGACAGACAGGAAUGGAUUGCAAGUUGUGUGGGCGAUAAGAAUGGCUGGUAGGAAUCAAAAUGAGCGUGAAUGGGUGGUAACAAGAGGAGGCAGAGUGGGAGCCGAAUGGGAUGUGAGAAAAUGGAAGAAUGAGAUAAACAAAGAAGUGAAAUGUGUGGGACUGAAUGAAUGGAAGAAUGAAAUGGAAAGAAAGAAGACCUUGGAAUGGUACAAGGAGAAAGAGGCCCUGAGGUAUGAAAGGUGGUAUGAUGGAAGCCUGGGCGGUGAUCUUCUCUUCCGAGUGAGGGCACAGUGUAUGGAUGUGAAUGCAAGGAGUUACAGGUGGUCUGAGUCCCGCAGCAAAGUGUGCCAGAUGUGUGACAUGGGAGAGUAUGAGACGGUGGAACAUGUGGUGCUGGAGUGUGUGAAGUAUGCCAGAGACAGGAAUGAGAUGAUGCAAGUGAUACUGACUGAGUUAGGGCAUGAUAGGAAUGAAAGAGUGGAGAAGACAGGAAAGGAAUGGAUGGUGUUGUUGCUGGGACUGUGUACAGAGGCGAAUGAAAGGAUGAUUGAGGUGGUGAAAGAGUUUCUGGAGAGAAUGUGGCGUGCCAGGUGUAGGAACAAUUAGGAUAGAGGAUGCUGUUCGUUUCUCUUUUUUUUUUUCCCCCCUUCUACAGGAGUUGCCGAUCCAAAGGCCUGGCUCAGGAGUGAUCCUGUGCCACCUGUACCACACUUAGGUACAAGAUUAGGCUUGAGAGAAUGGAUGAUGCAAGAAUAGCAAGGAAGGUGUACCUGUGGAAUGAAAGUGGAAGCAAAUGGAGGAAGAGAUGCAUGAGAAUGACAGACAGGAAUGGAUUGCAAGUUGUGUGGGUGAUAAGAAUGGCUGGUAGGAAUCAAAAUGAGCGUGAAUGGGUGGUAACAAGAGGAGGCAGAGUGGGAACCGAAUGGGAUGUGAGAAAAUGGAAGAAUGAGAUAGACAAAGAAGUGAAGUGUGUGGGACUGAAUGAAUGGAAGAAUGAGAUGGAAAGAAAGAAGACCCUGGAAUGGUACAAGGAGAAAGAGGCCCCGAGGUAUGAAAGGUGGUAUGAUGGAAGCCUGGGUGGUGAUCUUCUCUUCCGAGCGAGGGCACAGUGUAUGGAUGUGAAUGCAAGGAGUUACAGGUGGUCUGAGUCCCGCAGCAAAGUGUGCCAGAUGUGUGACAUGGGAGAGGAUGAGACGGUGGAACAUGUGGUGCUGGAGUGUGUGAAGUAUGCCAGAGACAGGAAUGAGAUGAUGCAAGUGAUACUGACUGAGUUAGGGCAUGAUAGGAAUGAAAGAGUGGAGAAGACGGGAAAAGAGUGGAUGGUGUUGUUGUUGGGACUGUGUAGAGAAGCGAAUGAAAGGAUGAUUGAGGCGGUGAAAGAGUUUCUGGAGAGAAUGUGGCGUGCCAGGUGUAUGAACAAUUAGGAUAGAGGAUGCUGUUCGUUUCUCUUUUUUUUUUCCCCUUUCUACAGGAGUUGCCGAUCCAAAGGCCUGGCUCAGGAGUGAUCCUGUGCCACCUGUACCAUCAAGAUCAAGAUCAAGAGAA